AUGACAUCUUCACCAAAUUUAUCAUCAAAAUAUGUCGUAUUUUCGUAUAAUAAAAAGCAUGAAGAACUUGUAUUAAAAAUUUAUUAUUAUUUGAAAAAUGAAAAUUUACCUGUAUGGAUUAAUAUUCAAGAUGGAAUCAAUAAAGAUAUAUAUCAAAGUAUGGAUAAUAUUGUUGAACACAUACGUGUUCUUGUAUGUUUCAUGACACCGAUGUAUCAAACUUCAAAAGAAUGUCAAGAACAAGUUGAAUUUGCUAAAAGUAAACGAAUACCUAUAAUUUCUUGUCGUCUUUUACCAAAUUGGAAACCAUCUGGUUGGUUUAAUAAAAUCACAAAUGAUCAAUUAACAAUUGAUUUACAUGCUGUUAAUCAGAGAAAUUUUAAGGAAAAAAUGAAUAAAUUAAAAGAAAAAAUAAUCUAUUUGUUGUUAGACGAUAAGACAAAUAGUCAAAUAUCAUCGAAUUUGCUUGCUGAUGAGUCUUUCAUAGAUCAAUCGAUAUUAUUAGAUGAUUCAUAUAUGUUUUGUUUAGUUGAAUAUUUAAAUUCGAAUUGUAUUAAGAAAAAACCAUAUAAACAUCGAAUACUUCCAAAACAUUGUCGUUUAUCAUUAUCAAAUUUAAUGAUUUGUAAUAAUGAAUAUAUAUUAAUUAGUGCAAAUCAUCAUUUACAUUUAUUUGAUGGAAAUUUAAAAUAUAUUCGAUCAAAUAAAGAACGAAAAAUAAAUGAAAAUGAUCUUAAAGAUUUAAGUUGGUCUUCUUAUUCAAAUUGUUUUAUAAUAUUAAUGAAAAAAGAAAUUUAUUUAAUGGAUCCAUUAUCAAGUAAAAUUUCAAUUAUUGAAUAUUUUAAAUUAAAAGAUCAUCGAGAAGAAUAUCUAUCAUGUACUUGUUCAGAAGAUCAUAUUUAUUUAAUUAAAUGUCAAUUUAAUUCAAAUAUAUAUUAUCUUGAAGAAUAUUAUUUAUCAACAUUUAGAUUUUUAAGAAAAUUUCAAAUAACACAUUUAAUUGGAACAUCUUUAGUUAUUCAAAAUGGAUCUUCUAAUCAAUUUCAAGAUAUUGAAAAAAUAAAUUCAAUUCGAUAUAAUGAAAAAAAAUUAGCUAUUAUUAUAAAAAUAAAUUCACAUUCAUUUAUUUAUAUAUUUCAAUUGCAUGAUCAACCUGUUUUUUUAAUGAAAAUUCCAAUAGAAGAUAAUUGUCGAAUGACUAUUUUAAAUCCAAUUAAUCAAUUUAUUAUAUUUAAAGAUUAUUUAUCAAAUUUAUUUAUUAAAAUAUCAAUCGAUUUUGAAAAUGAUUUUCAAUUAAAUCAAUAUUAUAAUUGUUCUAAUGGACUUAUUGACUUUAAUGGAAAAUUACGUAAUGUUGCCUUAUUUGGAAGAUCGAAUCUUGUUUUUCUUAUUGAUAAUGCUCUUCUUAUUUAUCAAUUAUAA